AUCAAUAAGUGGAUCAAUACGAUUCGCUACAAUAGCGAAUUAUAUGGAUGGCAGGAUCGCACGAUGCUUUUAUAUGCAGGCAGUCGGUUGACUGGAGCAGCAAGCGAAUGGUACAAUGGCUUCCGUAACACUUUGAAGACAUUCGACGAAUUCGCUGACACAAUUAAAAAGGCUUUUCCUGAUCGCUGUAACGAAGCCGUUAUUCAUAGCCAAUUAGCAUCGGUCUACAAGAAAAUUUCUGAGUCGUACACAAGCUAUGUAUACCGAGUAAAUGCGCUGGGAAUGUCAGGCCACGUGAGUGAGGAGGCUAUCAUAACUUAUGUCAUCAGAGGACUUUCUCGUGACCCUCUCUAUGAUAGCCUUGUGACCAAGGAUUACCGCGAUAUUUACGACCUGAUUGACAACAUUAAGCGAUAUGAAUCCCAUCUUCUGUUGCGCAAAAACCCAGAACGCCGCAGCCCAUCUCACAUCAACACCAUUUCCCCGAGACCGAUUCCACCAAGACAAACGACGACAGAACCUCUUCGAUGUUAUAACUGCUCGAAUCAUGGACAUCAUUCAUCGCAAUGCACACAACCUCGCCGAGCUCCGGGUUCCUGUUUCCGAUGUGGUAGCACAUCACAUGUCAUUCGCAACUGUCCUGUCCCAGAUAGACGUCAACUAACGGUUGCUGCGGUACAGGGCAACGACAAUGAAACAGCGCAUCUAGAUUCUGGGGAAAAUGGAAACUUCGUUCAACUUGAGGCCUAUCAGGAGCUCUAAAAGCUUCAUAAAUGAAGCCAUUGUUCCGGUUACAAAACUAAGCGCUCCCCAACCAAGUGGAUUUCGAGGAAUAGGAAAUGUGAAUUUACAAACUCUUGGAACAGUACAGCUAAAACUUAGUUUUCGU